CUCACUUUCCAUUUAACUGCAGUCUCAUCAGCUUCUUCGUCACUUUAAGCAUCGUCCUCUCCUCAGUCUCCAUCCAUCCUCGCUCGCUUCUUCGCCUCCCCUCGUUUCCUCAAUGGAGAAGGAUCCCGUUCGAGUUCUCGUAACUGGUGCUGCAGGUCAAAUUGGAUAUGCCCUCGUACCGAUGAUUGCCAGGGGAGUGAUGCUUGGCCCUGACCAGCCUGUUAUAUUGCACAUGCUUGACAUUCCGCCUGCUGCAGAAGCUCUAAAUGGAGUCAAGAUGGAGCUGGUUGAUGCAGCAUUUCCUCUUCUUAAGGGUGUUGUUGCCACAACUGAUGUUGUGGAGGCUUGCACUGGAGUCAGUGUAGCUGUUAUGGUUGGUGGUUUCCCAAGGAAGGAAGGUAUGGAGAGAAAGGAUGUGAUGUCAAAAAAUGUAUCCAUCUAUAAGUCUCAAGCUUCAGCAUUAGAAGCACAUGCUGCUCCCAAUUGCAAGGUGCUCGUUGUAGCCAAUCCUGCGAACACUAAUGCUCUUAUACUGAAAGAGUUUGCUCCAUCCAUUCCAGCAAAGAAUAUUACUUGUUUGACAAGGUUAGAUCACAACAGGGCACUAGGACAGAUUUCUGAGCGAUUGAAUGUUCAAGUUAGUGAUGUCAAGAAUGUUAUCAUUUGGGGAAAUCAUUCUUCCACCCAGUAUCCUGAUGUAAGUCACGCAACUGUUAAGACGCAAAGUGGAGAAAAAUCUGCUUGUGAGCUUGUUUCUGACGAUGAGUGGCUGAGGGGUGAAUUUAUCACAACUGUUCAACAACGUGGUGCAGCAAUCAUCAAAGCAAGAAAACUUUCGAGUGCUUUAUCUGCUGCCAGUUCUGCUUGUGAUCACAUUCGUGACUGGGUUCUGGGAACUCCUGAGGGAACAUGGGUUUCCAUGGGCGUUUAUUCUGAUGGUUCAUACAAUGUACCAGCUGGGCUGAUUUAUUCUUUCCCUGUCACAUGCAAAGCUGGCGAGUGGACCAUUGUCCAAGGGCUUUCGAUUGACGAAUUCUCAAGGAAGAAGUUGGAUGCAACUGCUGAGGAGUUGUCAGAAGAGAAGGCCCUCGCAUAUUCAUGCCUUGUGUAAGUUAACUGAUGGAUUGGCUAUAUCCAUUAGACGCUAUCGAGUGCUUAGACAUUUUGAAUAAAUGCACUUUCCUAACGAUGGAAAAUUUAAUUCCGCACUCUAUUUAAGAUGUACAACUGCAGAGCGAGUUUAGGCUAAAUUCUACCAUGAUCUAUCUCUAUGACCUCACAACAUAUUCCUCCAUUUUGUUUUCUCUUUGUGAUGCAUAAGUUUCAUUAUAGUAUCUAUGAGAUGUUUUCCCUUUUCCUUUUCCUUUUCCUUCA